AUGCAGCCCCUUUCUUCGUGUCUGAAAAGUUCGGCAGAUCGUCCAAUCCUUCUACAGUCACCGAGUUCCGAGCAACCGCAGAAAGCGACACCUGUUCAAGACUUUGCAAAGCGGUAUACAGAAAACCCGCAGUACAGGAAGACUGCCAUUGAAGAGCUCGAGAAAUUCAUACGUGAUGAUGUCUCUGCGAUAUCUCUUAACCCUGUAUUUGGCUCACUGUGGAGGGUUGUCUGCAGUGACCGAAAGAAUCCUUCGCGAGACGAAAUCAUCACUGAAUUUGGCCGUCAGGUGAACCAGAUAAAAAAUGCUGACGAAAAGGAUCGCAUGAAGAUCUGGCUUGAGGAGUCAUAUGACUUCACUACUGAGGCAAUGGACACCAUUGCAUCAGUGCCAAAGGAACAGCGUUUUCCCUGUGUUGUGUCUGCCUCGAUCCAACAUCACUGUUCACCCAAGAGGCCGACGACGACGACGAGGAAAGCAAGCCAAUCACUUCCCUCCAGCGAAGUGAUCUUCUUGAAAUCGGACGCUCCUGUGACUACCGGAUAUUUCGCCGGCUUGGCCGAGUCCUGA